AUGGUCCACCCUAAUGACUACAUGACCGACGUCCCAGGGACAGUGUACUUGGUAGACGCUUCUCAAGCACUGUCAAAUGCGACCGAUGCAGGACCACAGGAGAUUGUCCUUAUUCCACAGCCUUCUAGUUCGCCGGCAGAUCCUCUGAAUUGGCCUCGAAUCAAAAAGCUGUGGUCUCUCUUGCUCAUAUCUUUCUACGCCUGUGUCUUUUCCUUUGGGGGAAAACAACUGGGGUGCCAGUUGGACGUUAAUCUCCGAAGACACCGGCGAUUUUUCAACAUCAUUUGGAUCCCUACCGCGAUGAAAAUCGGACGAAAGGUCGUCUAUAUCUUGAGCUUGCUGAUCCUCCUCGGUGGAAGCGUCUGGGGUGGCUUCUAUACUGGGACAGGUCAAUACUACAUCAUGCUGGCAAUCCAAGGCAUUGGUACAGCAGCCUAUCAAGCAGUGAUUCAGCUUACAGGUGUACUGAUAUUGCUCUUUAUAUUUACUUUCGAUGAUACCAUGUUUCCUCGCUACCGCUUCACAUACCUCAUGGGAUCACACACAGUGCAGCCAAAAAGUUCAGAGGAUCAUCGACAUCAAGAUAAUGAUACCCCAACGGAAAAGGCGGAAUCGAAAUCCAACGGCGAAGACUCCGCACUAUCGACAAUUGGAAGCCAUCGUAUUGGUGAAGAUAUUCCAAUUCGAAGCUAUAGGCAGAAGAUUUCGCUGAUCCAUUAUUUUGCUGACGAUGAAACAACCUGGUUCCAGUACUUUCGCCGUCCAUUCUAUCUUUUUGCCUUUCCAAAUAUUGUAAUUGCUGGUAUCCAGUUCGCCUUUGGCUGUACGGCAGGCAUCGUAUCGUUUAAUACGAUAUCGGAAAUCAUGACCGAUGCCCCAUAUAAUUGGAGUGCUGGGACGACAGGGCUUAUUUUCCUUGCAGCUCUAGUGGGGAACUUUAUUGGUAUGGGCAUUGGCGCCCUGUCCGACUGGGUUGUGAUCGUCCUUGCGCGGCGGAACAAGGGGUAUAAAGAGCCCGAGAUGCGUGUCUGGGCUUGUAUCUUCCCUUUCAUCUUCGGUGCCGUAGGCUAUUUCACCUAUGGCUGGGCUGCUACGAACGGAGAUCACUGGAUAGCUAUAGCUGUUGCGCUAUGUUGCUUAAUUGCACAGCAAGUAUCCAUCACAAGUAUGGCGACCGCAUAUGCCAUGGAAUGCUUUGACGGCGUUUCCGGGGAGCUUGUGGUUGUACUUGCCAUCUGCUCAUCGUUGAUAAAUUUCGCCAUAUCGUACUCAGUGCAGCCAUUUAUCGACGCGACCAAUUAUGGCUGGGCAUUUACGUGCUUCGGUAUUCUGGUUGUUCUAUCAGUCCUUAUGGGAUUGCCCAUUCUAUUGUGGGGCAAAUCAUGGAGGUACAAGUGCAAGGCUCGAUAUGAAAAGUUCUUGGCAGAGAGUGGACAUUCUGUGGAGGGAUGA